AGAAAAACAGUCACCAGUGCCAAAGUGCCACUGUGAGACUGGAACAGAGGCAGGUUUGACACAGGAUUUGUCUUGCGUAAGGCUUAAAAGAUAAUGGACAACAAGAGGAUAAAACUAAUUGCUAUUAUUGUGUUUAUGCUUGAGUUAUCCAACUGUUUUGCACAACUAGAUGGAAUUUUUGUGAUCUACAACGUACAUAAGAACAGAUGUCUGACGGACAACCUGCAAUGGUUAGAAGUUUGUAAUUCUCUCAACCCAAAACAGCAGUUUCGCUGGACAACUGACGACCGAAUUUUGAACAUUGCCCAGAAGAAAUGCCUUGGCAUAGGGAGCAGGAAGGAGGGAAAUAAACUGCAGUGGUAUCUCUGUAAUGCUAAAAAUGACCUCCAAAAGUGGGAAUGCAUUGACAAUUUACAUUUAAGUGUGAAGAAUGAGUCACUGUACUUGUCCCUUCAGGGAGACACUUAUGCUCUAACACUGUCCAAAAAUCAGGAUGAAAAGAGCCAGUGGACGAUACAUGGAACAACGGACAGCAUUUGCUCUCGACCAUAUGAAGAAUUAUAUACACUUGGUGGAAAUGGCUUUGGUCGCCCAUGUUAUUUUCCAUUCAUGUAUAAAAAUAAAUGGUAUACAGACUGUACAAGAGAUGACUCCUCUGUCAAACGCCUGUGGUGUGCAGUUGAAAGUAAAUACGAAGAUAAUCAUCUCUGGGGUUAUUGCCCGACACUUCAAAUAGAUGAUUUCUGGAAAAAGAACCCUCUCACAGGCAUAUAUCACCAGGUAAACAAAGAGUCUGCACUGACCUGGUAUCAGGCCAGGAAAAGCUGUCAUCAGCAGGGGGGAGAACUCUCAAGCAUCACUGAGCCCCACGAACAAACCUUCCUAUCAGGUUUGUCUCAGGCUAAUGGUCCAGGAUUGUGGACAGGGUUAAACAGUUUAGAUGAAUCAAGCGGAUGGCAGUGGAUCAACAGGCAUCCUUUACGUUAUUUAAACUGGCUCAGUGGCCAACCAUCCUCUCACCCAGGUCAUGCCUGUGGGGUGAUAAGUCAGCAGUAUGAUUCAAAAUGGACCACUGAUGUUUGUUCUGCAAAACAUGGCUAUAUCUGCCAAAAAGCACUUACCACUCCCACUACUCCAACAGUGGUGCACACAGGAUCUUGCCCCAGACCAUGGAUACCUUAUUCGGGUCACUGCUACUACCUUCAUCGUUCUAAAAAAACAUGGUUGGAGGCAAGAGAUGCCUGUCGACACGACGGUGGAGACCUGCUGAGCAUUCUUAAUGUCGAGGAACAAAGCUUUGCCAUUACUCAACUUGGAUACUUAAAAACAGAUGAGUUGUGGAUUGGCUUAAAUGACCUCAAGACUGCGAUGUUUUUUGAGUGGAGUGACCAUUCCAAUGUGCCGUUUGUCUCAUGGGAGAAGAACGAACCAAGCCAUAAUUCUGACAAUAAAGAGGACUGUGUUUUAAUAAGAGGAGAGGAGGGCAAGUGGGCUGAUGAAAUCUGCAAAAACAAGUACGGAUUCAUCUGUAAGAAAGAUGUCAAUUCAAGGCCAUCCACUAAUGAUACAGUCAUCACAAGUCCUGGCUGCAAGCCUGGCUGGACCAGAUAUGGGUACUACUGCUACUUUGUAGGAACAGAAACUAAAACCUUUGAAGAGGCAAAACAGACAUGUUUAAAAACUGACUCUUAUUUGGUUGACAUCACAAGCAGAGUUGAUAACGCUUUCCUGGUCAGCUUGGUAGGGAUGCGUCCAGAGAAGCACUUCUGGACUGGACUGUCCAAUAUCAAGGAUCGGCACACUUUUGAGUGGACUAACAGCAAAAAGGUUCCAUACACUCACUUCAAUGCUGGAAUGCCAGGGGGAAAACAAGGCUGUGUCGCUUUUGCCACGGGAACACUUGCUGGAUUAUGGGAUGUACUAAGUUGUACUAAUAAGGAAAAAUAUAUCUGUAAAUGUAUGGCUGAGGAUCUUAUCACUACUGAAGCCCCUGUGACUACCCCUGCUCCGAACUGCAGCCAAGAAUGGUUUCCAAUUACAAACAGAGACUUCUGUUUAAAGCUUUUUAAUGUACCAGACGAACAACAGAAGACUUGGUCCGAAGCACGCAGUUUCUGCCGGGAACUUGGGGGUGAUCUGCUAAGUAUCCAUGGUCCCUUUGACCUGCAUCUGAUUCGCGAUACCUACACCCGUGGAGCAUGGAUUGGGUAUAGUAUCCAAGAUCCCUCUGUUGGUUAUGUAUGGAGUGAUGGAUCCUCUACAUCUUAUGAAAACUGGCAAGAGGACGAACCAAACAAUUACAACAAUGUGGAAAACUGUGUUGAAAUGGCCUAUUCGUGGUGGAGAAAAAAUGGAGAAUGGAAUGACCUGCACUGUGAAGACAGAAAGGACUGGUUUUGUCAGAUUCGAAGAGGUGUUACACCAAAUGAAGUGGAAAUUAAAUCUCAAACAUAUAAUAAAACAGACGAUGGGUGGAUUAUAUACAAUGAUAAUCAGUAUUAUGUCAGUAAAUACAUGCAUUUAACUAUGGAAGCAGCAAGAUGGUUCUGUAAGCAAAGACAUGGUGAUCUUGUGUCCAUUAAUGAUGAGAAAGAAAAUCAAUUUCUGUGGCAUCAGGUACGAGUACGUAAUGAUUAUUAUAUUGGCAUGACAGUUGAUCUGGAUAAGUCUUUCACGUGGAUGGAUGGAUCUCCAGUGGUAUUUCAGGCAUGGCAAAAGAAUCAGCCCGCUUUUCUGAACAGUGAGGAGCAUUGUGUAUCCAUAACUCCUUUGCAAGGGUUCUGGGAGAGUACAAAUUGUGGUGACCAACAAAAUUUUAUCUGUAAACGAAGUGGCUCUGUUGUAGUCAAUUCUACUGCUGCUCCAACUGAGCCACCCAAAGGAGGCUGUGCUCCAGACUGGGUGAAGUUUCAGACAAAGUGUUACAAAAUGGAACAGGAGCUGAAAACAUGGACUGAAGCCAGAUCAUACUGUAGGCAGCUCGGGGGAAAUCUAGCUUCUGUUAAUAACAGACUUCAGCAAGCAUUUGUAACCUUUUUGAUGGAUGGCGAUAACCUCGAAGAUUUAUGGAUUGGCUUCAGUAACUUGGCAAAAAAAGUAUUUAAGUGGACAGAUGGAAGUAGUAUCGAAUAUGUAAACUGGGCCAAAGGAGAACCAAAGAGAGCAGGAUAUGUGUGGAUGUGGGAAAAUGAGGAACCAACUUGUGUUGCACUGGGAAGCAUGGAAAAACCUGAGAUAGGCAAGUGGGUAACAAAAAACUGUAAUGACACCUUCGGAUUCAUUUGCAGUCGUGAUAUUGAUCACUUUAUUGAACCAACCCCAACUAAGAUCACCACAAAUGUCAAGCUUGGAAAUGAUUCUUACAAGGUCUUACAGAGAAACUUGACCUGGAGUGAAGCAAAGCAUGAGUGUGAGUUACAGGGUGAAACUUUGGCUAGUAUUCGGGACUUGCGUGCUCAAGCUUACAUUGAGCUGCAGACCUCAAUAAAUGAACAGCCCUUAUGGAUCGGCCUUAACAGCAAAGAGACGGAUGGAUACUUUUUGUGGAUUGAUAAAUGGCAGCUGAAUAUGGAAAACUGGAACAACAAUGAACCAAAUAGUAACCACACCUGUGUUUAUGUGGAUGUGGAUGGAAAAUGGAAAACUGCAGACUGCAAUCAAAAAUUCUACAGCAUAUGUAAAAAGUCACCAGAAAUUGCUCCAACUCCACCAGUGCAGUACCCUGGGACAUGCCCUGACAUUAUUGAAACUUAUCCAAAGAUGAUUUGGCUGCCUUUUAGAGGGCACUGCUAUGCAUUUGUGACUCAAGGUGAAUCAUGGAGCAGAGCCUCUCAGCUGUGUUUGUCAAGAGGUUCCACUCUUGUCAGUAUUGAAGAUACACAGGAAGCAAAGUUUAUAGAGCAAUACAUUACUUUUCUUGGGAAUGAACAUGACAUGUUCUCAAUAGGCCUCUUCAAGACACAUGCAGAACAUUGGCUGUGGCUGGACAGAAGUGUUGUGGAUUACACUAAUUGGGAAGAAUCUUCAGAAGACUACUAUGACGGUGAAUGUGCAUUUAUCUCCAUUACAACUAAACGAUGGAUCAAACGGCACUGCGUAUAUGAUAGUUCACCAUUCAUCUGCAAAACACCCAAGGUUCCAAAGCCAACCACAUCUUCAAGUAUUAGUCCAACAGUUGUAAAGCAAAGGACUCUUUCUGGUGUGGUUGUGGCUGUGGUGAUUGCAGUGCUGUUUGUGCUCGCCGGAUUGGCUUAUAUAUACCACAGAAGGAUCAACAGCCGGGUUGCUGGACCUUCAUACGAGAACCCAAUGUAUUAUACUACAGAAGCCCCAUUGUCAGACGACAAAGAUAACAAAACAUUAGUUGACCACAUGGAAAAUAAUGAAUAAGUUUCAUACCAUCCUUUUGUAAUUAGUUCUUUUUGUAUUAAUCAUUUUUUUUCUUUACAUUAAACAUUAACUAACUUGAAUGUUGACUAAAUGUUUCCACAUUUGGGGUAUUAAGUAAGUGGUUUUGAAAUUAUAUAUAAAGACAUGUACCUAGAUUAUUAUUAGCUCUUCGUGAAUUUCACAGUUGUAUCAGAUCACAUUUCUGACGGUGAGCUCAUACUCUGGUGACAUGUAGCUUCAGUGCAAACCUAUGGCACAUUUAAGCACACAGCAUGUUUUAAUCCAAGUAAACAUGAACAUGGUUUUAGUUAUUUGAAGUCAUUUGAUGUAUGGCAAGGGCACACAGCUUAACCGGAUAAGUGAAAAGUCGGGUUGAUUUUCCAUAGGAAAAAAAAAUGCUAUAUUUAUUAGCUUUCUGUUUGUCCAUCUGCACAAAACUUUCCUAUAUGUGCUACUUAUUAAAUAAAUGUGCUACAUAAUAAAUAAAUAAAUAAAUAAAUACAUAAAUAAAUAAAUAAAUAAAUAAAUAAAUAAAUAAUGUAUAAUUUCAUUAGACCAAUAAGAUUGUUUAUUUGCUUUUUUUUUUUAAAAUAGAACAUUUGAAUAAAAAUGGUAUCCAGUAUAUGCUUAAGUAAAUUUUGCCAGUAUUCCAUCUACAUAAGUUUUUCCAUCUACACCAUUGACUAAUUAUCAAUUGUGGAUCAAAUUUCUGAUAAGAAAAACACUGAAGAGGAUCAUAAAGCAUGACAAUGAAUUAUAGAAUGUUAAAAUAAGACUAAUGGUAUU